UGUUAUACGUAUGGACGUUCUAUUGAAAAAUGUCGUCCAAAGUUCCCUAAGAAAAAGUGAUUCUUAUCGAAAUCAGCGAUUAAAAACACUGGAUAACGAUGUUCAUAUUUCUAUAGCUGAAUUUUCUAUCGUAUUUACUCAGUAUAUAUCGAACCUUUUAUUCGAAUAACUGCAAGCGAAUUUCUCGACCAUAUGGAUGUCAAUAUCAUGGGAUUAGCCUCAAGUUAUCUACAGAAACCAGCAAUGUACAAAGUAGUUUCUAAUAUACCAAAAUAUGCAGUCUAUAAUAACAAACUAUCGAAAGUACCAAUUCUGCAUGGGUUAUCUAUAACGACGUUAAACCUAAAUAAACAACCAGUGCCUAAGCAACCUGUACCAGAUCUUAAGCAAACUGCAGAACGCUAUUUGAAAUCCUUAAAGCCAUUAUUGACUGAUGCAGAAUAUAAAAGUACAGAAAAAAUUGUACAUGAAUUUAUAAGUGAUUCUGGUGUGGGAUCGCGGUUACAUGCUAAAUUACUACAGAAAUAUAAAAACACUGAUAACUGGAUGCGAGAAUGGUGGCUGCAAGCUGCAUAUUUGAGGUACCGUGCUCCAGUGAUUGUUAAUUCUAGUCCUGGGACUGUUGGGCCAGCAAUUACUUUCAAGAAACCAGAUGAUUUAUAUGUAUGUGCAGCACAUCUUAUUGCUGGAGUAUGUAAUUAUAAUCAAAUUGUCAAAAGUGGAAAAAUGAAGCAGGAAAUGGUACGCAAUGAUCCACUUGACAUGCAGCCUUACGCCAUGAUACUUGGCACACACAGACAGCCCAAUAAAGUAAUUGACAAGUUAUUGCAUACAGACGAAGCUAAGCAUAUAAUAUUCAUUAGCAACAAUCAUUUUUUUAAACUCUGUGUUAUCAACGAAGACGAUAGCAUUUUAAGUGAGAGUGAACUUGUGGCUGCUAUAAGAGACAUCAUGAAUCGUUCAUAUAUGGAAGGAAAACCUGUAGGAAUUUUAACAGGCAACGACAGAGAUACUUGGGCAAUCGAUAACAGCUUACUUUUAGAACUAGGUAAUAAUAGGAAUAUAAUCAAAGAUAUAGAAACAUCCUUAUUUGUACUGUGUUUGGACAAAGAUAUACCUAAAGAAGCGUUUAAAGAAAAAAAUAAUGCUUCUGUUAGAGCAGUUCAAACUAUGACUGGAUUUAAUAGUUACGUAAAUGCAGGUAACAGGUGGCAUGAUAAGACUGUGCAGUAUAUAAUAUCAGCGGAUGGUUAUAUCGGCAUGGAAUACGAACAUAGUCCGUGCGAGGGUAUUCCAAUUGCUGUUCUUCAUGAUUAUGUAUUGAAAUACAUAGCAUCAAGAGAAAAUGAUGCAAGGAGCGAAUGUUCUAAGGACUUCCCGAGACCAGAACUUUUGAAAUUUGAAACUAAUGAUGCUAUAGAGUGCGCAAUCGAAAAAGCUACGAUUACAGUAAAUAAACUCUCCAACGACAUAGACAUGGAAUGCUUCACUUUUGAUAAGUUCGGUGCGGAUGCAAUAAAAGCGAUAAAACUCAGUCCCGACAGUUUUAUACAGAUCGCGAUGCAAGUGACUUUCUAUAACUUGCAAAAAAAACCACCAGUUCACUACGAGAGUGCAGCGUUACGAAGAUUUAUAAACGCUAGGACUGAAUGCAUCAGAUCCACUUCUAUUGAGUCCGUCGAAUUUGCGAAAAUGAUGCUCUACGAUGUCAGUCAUAAAACUAAAGCGCAAAAGAAAGAAAUGAUGAUCAAAGCUAUCAAUGCUCACAAAAAUUAUGCCGGACAAGCUGCGACCGGUCAAGGUGUUGAUCGACAUUUGUUCGGUUUAAAAAUGAUAGCGCAGAGCGAAGGCAUCGAACUUCCGGAAUUGUACAAGGAUAUCGGUUAUACUAGAAGCACAUACUUCACUUUAACAUCGAGCCAGGUACCGUAUAAAACAGCAUCGUUUAUGUGCUACGGACCAGUCGUUCCCGACGGUUAUGGUUGCUGCUAUAAUCCACGACCGAAGGAUAUAUUAUUCGCUUGUUCUUCAUUCAAAUCGUGCGAACAGACUAAUACAAAAGACUUCGCUUGCGUUUUACAGCAGACACUGUGCGAUAUGCGAGACAUAGGAAGCGAGUGAUAUUAAUGUUAAUGAAAUAUUGUUUGGAAAUUCGGAAUUUUUCGUCGCAAUUAGAAGUCUUCCUGCAGUGAAUAUUUAUACAUUAUUAUGAUGAGGUGUGGUAAUAAAUAGAACAAAGCAGUUCGAGUCGAGCGGACGUUAGUUUUAUACAUUUUUUAUCAUGAAAUGAAAAU